GUCGAUUUACGAGCCCGCCAAGCCGCCGCCGCCGCCAAACAACGCUCAAUGUUAUCGCGAUGCGUCCAAACUUGCAGCCAGUCCUGCAACAGCAGCAACAACAGCAGCAACAGCAGCAACAACAGCAACUCAAGCAGCAGCAACAAUGAACAAAGUUAUGCGACACAUGUCAAAUUCACCGACACCGCCAUCACCAUUGCGAUCUCUAUCAGACUGCGGCAAAAGCUACGAGGCUGAAGAUUAUGGCGAGGAGCAUGGCGCAGCACAAAAUCUGAGCAGCAAACGCAGCGCAGCGGAAUUGGAUGCAGAGCUGGAGAAUCAGGUGCUGAAUUUAGCGCGCAGCAGCGAAACGCCGCCGCCGCCUCCAAGCAAACGCGCAGCAGCAGCAGCCACGCCCACGCAAGCAGCGCAGCCGCCCUAGGCUUUCAAUCCUGAGGAUAUGCAGCAAGCGCUGCAGCUGCAGCUGCAUAGCUACAUAGAAAUGGUUAGACAACUAGCGCCUGAAGCAUUUCCCAAUCCCAAUUUGGCAACGCAGUUUUUGCUGCAGAAUUCGCUGCAGGCGCUGGCGCAAUUUCAAGCGCUGCAGCAGCUAAAGCAGCAGCGUGAGCCUGUGCAGCGCAACUACUCGACGCCGCUGAACAAGUCGCCGCUGCGCAGUCCAUCGCUGAGUCCAGUGGCGCGUCAUAGCGAGCAGCAGCGCACGCCGCCCAAUUCGCUUGCAGCGAGUUUGGGCAUAAGCAGCGCAGUGUUGACACCCAACACCCCCGAGUAUGCAGCCCUCGUCCAACAGCAGCACACGCCCAAGCCGCUGGCAAGUGCUGCGACUGUGGCUGCUGUUAUGGCCACCAAGCUGGAGCAGUCGCCAGAGGAAACCACCGAUUUGGAGGAGCUGGAGCAGUUUGCCAAAACUUUUAAGCAGCGACGCAUUAAACUUGGAUUCACACAAGGCGAUGUGGGUCUAGCCAUGGGCAAGCUCUAUGGCAAUGAUUUUUCACAGACCACUAUAUCACGCUUCGAGGCGCUUAAUCUGAGCUUCAAGAACAUGUGCAAGCUCAAGCCGCUGCUGCAGAAGUGGCUCGAAGAUGCAGACAACAGUGUAGCCAAAUCCGCAGGUGGUGUAUUCAAUAUCAACACCAUGACCAGCAGCUUGAGCAGCACACCGGAGAGUAUUUUGGGUCGCCGGCGCAAGAAGCGCACGUCCAUUGAAACCACCAUACGUGGUGCACUGGAGCAGGCAUUCAUGCUCAACUGCAAGCCCACCUCAGAGGAGAUUAAUCAGCUGUCCGAGCGCCUGCACAUGGAUAAGGAGGUGGUGCGCGUUUGGUUCUGCAAUCGACGGCAAAAGGAGAAGCGCAUUAAUCCCGCGCUGGAUUUGGAUAGUCCAACGGGCACGCCAUUGAGCAGUCAUGCCUUUGGCUAUGCCGCUCAAGCGCUCAAUAUGUCAGCCAAUCCACAUGCCGGCAGCUCUCUAUGUGGCAGCUCCAUUAGCAGCGGCGAUUGAUGCGCCACUUGGAGCGCCUGUACAUAAAAAUUCUUCCAUACACAACAGCAUAUCCCCUACUCUCUCUCUCACACACUAUCUCGCUCUAUUUAGUGAUAGCAACAGUCGUAUCAGCAUUCACUACGAAUUUAACAGACGUAUAUACAUAUAUAUAUAGUUAUAGCUAUACUUACCCCACUCCCUCUAUAUAAACUAUAACUGUUGUGUAUAUGUUCAAGUAUAACUAAUCCAC